CUUUGCAGAAGUGUUCGACUGCCCACAUGGUAAUUAUUUAACAAAACUCAAGGUCUGGGAUGAUGUUGCUCCGGACUUCUCCGGUGUGUGACCAAACAGCAUUUCUCAACCACAGUUGUUUGUGGGGACUGAGGGUGUCUGAAACGGCAGGAUCCUCCCUUUAGCAUGUGAGCUCAUCACUAUUUUAACAACACUGGAUUCAUCAAUUACCAGCCCGUCAGACGGCCUCCUUUUUAAAGCAACCUGAGUCCAUCAUUCGGCAGUGUUGGAACAGAAGCGUGUAAAGUUUCAGGAUGAUGUCCUCUAAAAUACCUUGUGCUGUGAUGUUGCUGGUUUGUGCUUUGAAAUUUUGUGCAACUCAAACAAGCUGCAAAGGGAGGUGUGGAGCUGAGUACUACAGGGGAUACAUGUGCCAGUGUGACUACAACUGCCUGCUUUAUGAAGAGUGCUGCCCAAACUAUGAAAGUCAAUGCACCACCCAGAACUCAUGUAAGGGUCGGUGUGGAGAAUCUUUCAAGAGGGGUCGGCUGUGUACCUGUGACCCUGAUUGCAUAAAGUACAAUCAGUGCUGUUCAGACUACAAGACUCAUUGUGAAUCUGAAGACUCUACUUUGGAUGAAGACGUGCAAGAUCUUCCUAUGAACAAGGGAAUCAAUGAAGAUGCCUUAUUUCCUUUGGAGACCACAACGUCACAACCAACUGGUUUGCCAAGCGAUGGUUAUACUGGUAUUGAAGUUGAAGUCCCAGUGACAAGUCCACUCCCAGACAUUAGUGGAGACGGCUCGCCCCCACCUGACUUGCUGGAUCAAGUCCCCACAGGUCCUACUGUGGAUGGAGACAUUUCCCUCACACAGAUGACCGUUUCAGUCGAUGAUAACCCCGUCACCCCCAGCCAAACCCCUGGAGGCCAAGAAGCAGACACUAUAGAGCCUAUGACCCCAUUUGACCAAAGCACGUUCCCUCAGCCCACCGUCGCAUACGAGCUCUACACCGACAAUCUUUCAGUACCACCCACAACAUCAGUAAAUCCUUCACAAAUACCAGAAGUCACUCAGAACAUACCAGGUGAGGUGGAUGUGCUGGAAAAUGUCCAAGUGAGCACCACAUCCUCUUCAGAUAUGAUGAUUCUAACAACAAUCCCAGUGGAAACUACUCAGAACCCCACCAUUGAACAAAACUCAAAGGAUGUUGAAACCAGCGCUCCAUCGUCAUCGACAACCCUUGAAGAUUCAUCCAGAUUUUCUACAGAACUUAGUGUUGGAGCAACUACCAUUCCCUCCUCCACAAAUGCAGUGCAAGAUGGCACCUCAGGCAAUGUAAUGCCAGCAGAAAGUACUGCUGAUCCACUCAAGGAUGACCUUAAACCGACUGAACCGUCACCGUCCACCCCGAAACCUGAGGACACACCUGAGCCUUCCAAACUGCAACCCACCACUAAACCAGAGAAGAAACCUCUGGACACACAAACCACAAACGCAGACAUCCAAGCUGAUGACAGUGAUGAUAAAAACCUGUGCAGCGGGAGGCCGAUCAGCGGAGUCACCACACUCAGAAACGGCACAAUUGCAGUUUUCAGAGGUCAUUACUUCUGGUUUCUGGAUAGCAACAGGGUGCCAAGUCCUCCUCAGAGCAUCACGCAGGUCUGGGGUGUUCCUUCCCCCAUUGACACAGUGUUCACUCGCUGCAACUGUGAAGGCAAAACAUAUAUUUUUAAGGGAAGCAGGUAUUGGAGAUAUGACAAUGAUGUUCUGGAAGCUGGAUAUCCUAAAGUCAUUAAGACGGGCUUUGACGGCCUGAGGGGUCACAUCACCGCUGCCCUGUCUGUGCCUCAGUAUCGAACCAGAAGAGAGGCGGUCUUCUUCUUCAAGAGAGGAGGUUUUGUUCAGAAAUACUCAUACCAGGCUGGCAUCUCUCAGACUUGUGGUAGAAAAGUUCAAACUCCGAUAGUGACACUUCGAUCUCGAAGCGCUCGCCAAGCAGUGACCGUUUUAGAACCAGCCAUCAACAUUCGUAAAUCCUGGAAAGGCUUCCCAAUCCAGAUCACAGCAGCUGUGUCUGUGCCCAGCCUCCGGGAACCAGAGGGCUACAAGUACGUUGUCUUCUCCAGAUCAUCAACUUAUAACGUGAGGAUGAGCGGCGAACGUCCCGUAAUUGCAGCAAAAGAAAACGCGACGCCUCAAGGCAACAGUUUUUUCAAGUGUCCAAAGAACCGACACUGAUGAUCUGACAAAAGAGUUUUCACUGCAGUUUUCCUAAAGCAGUCAACUUUAUUAAAAAGAAUUCUUCACACAUUGCUUUUGCACGGACUUUUAAAACAAACAAACUUUCCAAGCAAAAAAAGAAAUCAAGAGCUCAAAGGCUGAACACUACGAUGAACUGUGUUUAUGAUGGGAAUGCUGAGUUUCUUCUAUUAGAACUUCAUCUUGCAAAUCGUCUCCCGCUUACACCACGAGAUGGAAAGGCUUGACCUGUAAAGAGUUAAAAUAUGCUUUCAGGUGCACUUAUAUUAUCUUUAUUUUGUAUCAGUAAAACAAAUAUAAUACUCAUGACUUAUUAUGAAGGUAUAAUGAUGUUUCAUGUAAUGUUUUUAUCCAAUAAACACAUAUA